CUCCAGAAGACCAAAGGUUCGAUGCUACUACCCUCUGAUCUAGUAGCCUCUCUCGAUGAAUUUUCAACUCGAAAAUGGCUCAUUCAUCAACGGAUAACCCCAACAGUUUACAAAGUGACAAAGAAGAAUCAAGCGAGAGAGAAGUAUUGAUAUCUCACACAAGAGCAAGUUCAAACUUUUACGUCUAUCUUCUUACCUGUUUCGCCGCUAUAGGUGGAUUUCUGUUUGGAUACGAUACCGGAGUGGUUUCAGGGGCUAUGCUGCUACUCAAAACUGAAUUCUCUCUAUCUCAGGAAUGGCAAGAGCUUGUAGUCAGCAUAACAAUUGGAACGGCCAUUUUUGGUGCGGUGGUGGCCGGCUACAUAACUGACAAGCUUGGACGAAGGCCUUUUUUAUGGAUUUGUUCGGCUAUUUUCACUGCUGGUGCAGUGUUGAUGGCUGUUGCGGAAUCAAGAGAUAUUCUCGUGUUAGGAAGAGCCAUUGUAGGCUUAGGAAUAGGAGGGGCUUCAAUGACUGUUCCAUUAUACAUAGCUGAAACUACACCUGCUUCAGUUCGAGGUAAAUUAGUCACAAUGAACAAUGGAUUCAUCACAGGAGGACAGUUUGUGGCUUCAAUUAUUGAUGGGAUUUUUGCAAAUGUGCAUCAGGGUUGGAGAUACAUGCUAGGAUUGGCUGCUGUCCCAUCAUUAAUCUUAUUUAUUGGAUGUAUAUUUCUACCUGAAAGUCCAAGAUGGCUAAUCAAGCACAAUCAUUUGGGUGCAGCAAGAAAAGCAUUAAAGAAACUGAGAGGGACUAUACACAUUGAAGAAGAAGUACAGGGAAUUAUUGCUGUCUGCCAAGAGGAAGAAACAUUAGCUACAGAACAAGGCAAACAAAACUGUGUUAGCAUUUUAAAAGACCCAACAGCAAGGCGAGCACUACUACUUGGAUGUAUGUUGCAGGCUGUGCAGCAACUCAGUGGAAUCAACACUUUGAUGUAUUACAGUGCCACCAUUAUCGUUAUGUCAGGCAUUGGUACGGAUAACCUUGCAAUAUGGUUAGCUGCUGCUGUUGCUUUUGGUAAUUUUCUCUUCACGAUUGUCGGAAUGUUCCUUGUUGAGAAAAUCGGCCGUCGCAAACUUCUGCUUGGAAGUCUGGCACUAGUAACAUUAAGCUUGUUUUUGAUUGGUGGAGCAUUCUACUUGAUUGACAUAAAUGAUCCCAAGGUAACAUUUCAUGAGCAGGCAAGUCACUGUACAUCAUUGGACAGCUGCAUGCAAUGUGUGGCCAAAGAAGACUGUGGGUUUUGCUAUAACCAGAAUUCACAUGGUUAUUUCACGAAUGGUUCCUGCACCUUUACGAACCUUUCGUCACACCGUGCAUUGUCCGGUAGAUGUAGUAACGGCCAGCAAGCCAAGUGGGCAUACUCGACAUGCCCUUCACACUUUGCUGUGUUUUCUUUUGUUGGAAUGAUUUUAUACAUUGCUUCGUUUGCUCCUGGGAUGGGACCCAUGCCUUGGACUCUCAAUUCAGAGAUUUUUCCACUAUGGGCAAGAAGCAAAGGCAUAGCUAGUGCAACUGCAGUGAACUGGAUUUGUAAUCUCAUAAUAGCAUUGACAUUUCUCAAUUUAAUGGAGUGGAUUACACGCUAUGGAGCGUUCUGGCUCUACGGUAGUAUAGCWUUUGCUGGAUGGGUGUUUUUUUAUUUUAUGGUUCCAGAGACUAAAGGCAAAUCUCUUGAACAGCUUGAAACUAUUAUGGCACCUAAACGAUGAGACGCGAACUGGGAAUUACGUUGGGCGUGUAUUUGAAUGGUUUGAUCAGAAGCCCAUUACUAGGAGCAUGUCCUUGUGCAGAAGUGGCACAGCAUUUCAUGACGUGUCUCUUUUUUAGAUAUUUUUUCAGUCGUCAUUUCUCUUUCACUGUCGUUUGCCAUGUUGUUAAAUUUUAUUUUUAUUUUGGUUUCCCGCGGAUUUCCCGCUUGCUCGUAAUAUCUGAAGGGAUUGAUAAUUGGUCGAGAAAAAUCCAAACGUGUACAUGUCCUGAUUGAAAACGCUAUGAGCAAACCCAAUGCUCAACACGGCCACUCCUUGUAAUGGGCUCCUGGUUUAAUGAAUGAAUAAACAAAUGAAUGGAUAUAGGAAGAGGUGGGGUUGAAAA